AAUAAAAAAAAAAGGUAAUCCAAUUCACCGGCCCAUAUCAUAUUUUCCUCCUCUCACUGUCCUAAUCCUUCCAAGUUCCACCUUCAUCGUCAUUCAUCUAAACAUUCUUCCAAAACCCCCAUUCUUUCCCUCCCCAAAAUCAAAGAUUUAGCCAAAUUUGUAAUUAGAUUAUUAAUCAUAAAGAUUUGAGAUUGAUUGAAGAAGAAAAAAUAUGGGUGUAGAUUACUAUAAAAUUAUGCAAGUAGAUAGAAAUGCUAAAGAGGAAGAUCUCAAGAAAGCUUACCGGAAACUUGCUAUGAAAUGGCAUCCUGAUAAAAACCCUAAUAAUAAGAAAGAUGCUGAAGCCAAAUUUAAACAAAUUUCUGAAGCUUACGAUGUUUUGAGUGAUCCUCAAAAGCGGCAAAUAUACGAUCAAUAUGGUGAAGAAGGGUUGAAGGGGCAAGUACCACCACCAGGAUCUUCUGGAUUUUCGGGUGGUUCAGAUUCGGGACCCGGAUUUACAUCUUUCCGAUUUAAUACUCGUAGCCCCGAUGAUAUAUUCUCCGAAUUUUUUGGGUUUUCUAGUCCGUUUGGUAUGGGGGAUAUGGGAGGAUCUCGGGGUGGUCAUGGUAUGGGUGGCUCGUCUGCGUUUGGAAGAGGAGGUUUAUUUGGGGAAGAUAUUUUUUCCCAGUUUGGUCGUGGCGCAGGUGGUGGUGCUGAGGCUUCUUCUAUGCCUCGAAAGGGGGCUGCGUAUGAGAAACCAUUGCUUUGUAGUUUGGAGGAUUUGUACAAGGGUACCACCAAGAAGAUGAAGAUUUCUAGGGAGGUUGAUGCUUCUGGGAAACCAACUACAGUGGAGGAGAUCCUCACUAUCGACAUCAAACCAGGUUGGAAGAAGGGUACCAAAAUAACUUUUCCCGAAAAGGGACACGAGCAGCGGGGAGUUAUACCCUCGGACCUGGUCUUUAUCAUUGACGAGAAGCCUCACAACGUAUUUAAAAGGGAUGGUAAUGAUCUUGUCGUCACCCAGAAAAUCUCCCUUGUUGAAGCUCUGACCGGUUAUACUGCGCAAAUAACAACACUGGAUGGACGCGCCUUAUCAAUACCCAUCAAUGUUGUCAUUAGCCCUUCAUACGAAGAGGUCGUUAAAGGAGAGGGAAUGCCUAUCCCGAAGGACCCCUCCAGAAAAGGUAACUUGAGAAUAAAAUUCAAUAUCAAGUUUCCAACAAAGCUUACGGCAGAGCAGAAGACAGGUAUCAAGCGUUUGUUGUCUUCAUGAAUAGCGCGUUAACUGUGUAUGCCUCAUUUCGUCUUGCUGUUUUAUUUUGCAAAGAAGUUGCACAUUUCCUAGCUAGAUAACUUUUUAAAAUUUUAUUUAUGGAUCUGAUUGUAUUUUUCCUCGUUCAUGACCGUUGGUUCUUGUCGUAUAGAAGUAUUUCUGUAUUCCAUAUUUGUUGCA